GUGAUCUUUCCGAAGUGGGACCAAAAUCCCGGCUUGCCAAAUGUUCCUGGUCAGCCUGGAACAAUCAUCGCGAAUCGGUUCGAUAUGGUCGGAGGAGGACCAUGGGAUAUCUUUGUUGGAGCGAACGACGAGGCUUUAUGGCAGUGACUUGGCUUGUACGACACUAUCAUAUCAGAUCAGCCACUAACUCCGGAAGAAUUUAAAGUGUGUUCACCUGCAACGUCGUGGACGAAGGCUAUUCUUGAUACAAAACAGAAGUGGACCUGUUACUUGUCGAUGCGGGCGAGGAUGGUGCUGCGUAAGAAAGGACAAGAGGUUACGGAUGUGUUAAUUAAGCGUGAAAUGGCACAUCCUUCGAUGGCUGCAUUGUCCCAACAGGAUGUGCUCUAUGCGAUGGACAGAGACGACGAGAUACUUAAUAUCAUCCUACUUGUCCCCCUGGGACACGACGAGCGGACCGACAUGGAACGACGGUCUAUCGGUGUGAAGUCCACGUCGCCAAGUCCACACGGCGGACCAGUCCGUCACUCCAAACUGCUAGUGCACAAUUGGCUCUACGGCUAACGUGGCUCGGGCAUCAACCAACCUGCGGGCUAGACGGAAGAGCAACGUUUUGCGAACUAGUUUUGGCGAGAAUGAAAGUGAGUUUGGCGAGCUGGACCGUGAAGAAUAUUGUGACGAUGAAGGAGAUGGAGACUUCGUAGGUUAGUAACAGCAUGUCGAACCAUCUUGGAGGUCGACAUGCUGUGCUACAGGUCCACAACUACUUUCGUCUACGACUCCAUGUUUU